AAUGGGAUAACUCCUCUCCAUGUGGCCUCUAAGAGAGGGAACACCAACAUGGUAGCUCUACUGCUGGAUAGAGGAGCUCAGAUAGAUGCCAAGACCAGGGACGGCCUCACUCCUCUACAUUGUGCAGCGCGGAGUGGACAUGAUCCCGCCAUAGAACUGCUGCUGGAGAGAGGAGCACCCAUACUGGCUAGGACCAAGAACGGUCUCUCCCCCCUCCACAUGUCGGCCCAGGGAGACCAUGUGGAGUGCGUCAAACACCUGCUGCAGCACAAGGCGCCUGUUGAUGAUGUCACCCUGGACUACCUGACAGCGCUGCAUGUAGCCGCCCACUGUGGUCACUACCGAGUCACCAAGCUACUGCUGGACAAGAGGGCCAACCCCAACGUUAGGGCUCUGAAUGGGUUCACUCCACUGCACAUCGCCUGCAAGAAGAACCGGGUGAAGGUGAUGGAGCUGCUGGUGAAAUACGGAGCCUCUGUCCAGGCCGUCACGGAGUCUGGCCUGACCCCCAUCCACGUCUCAGCCUUUAUGGGUCACCUCAACAUGGUGCUGCUGCUGCUACAGAACGGAGCCUCGCCUGACAUCUGCAACAUCCGUGGUGAGACAGCGUUACACAUGGCGGCCCGUGCUGGUCAGAUAGAGGUGGUUCGAUGUCUCCUGAGGAACGGAGCUCUGGCCAGACAGACCGACGCCAUGGCAAGAGAGGACCAGACCCCCCUCCACAUCGCGUCCCGUCUGGGGAAGACAGAGAUCGUCCAGCUGUUACUGCAGCACAUGGCUCAUCCCGACGCCUCCACUACUAACGGAUACAGUCCUCUGCACAUCGCUGCCAGGGAGGGACAGUUAGAGACCACCGCUGUGUUGUUGGAGGCUGGGGCUUCACACUCACUGGCUACCAAGAAAGGAUUCACUCCUCUACAUGUAUCAGCCAAGUAUGGAAGCCUGGAGGUGGCAAAACUCCUCCUGCAGCGCAAAGCUAUGCCUGACGACGCCGGCAAGAACGGUCUGACUCCGCUGCAUGUGGCAGCUCACUAUGACAACCAACAGGUGGCGCUGCUGCUGCUGGACAAAGGGGCGUCGCCCCACGCCACCGCCAAGAACGGAUACACCCCACUCCACAUCGCUGCCAAGAAGAACCAGACGAGCGUUGCCUCGUCUCUGCUGCAGUACGGAGCGGAGACCACCGUCCUGACCAAACAGGGGGUCACCCCUCUACACCUGGCCUCACAGGAGGGGCACAGUGAUAUGACCAGUCUGCUGCUGGGCAAGGGGGCACACGUCAACACUCCCACUAAGAGUGGUCUGACACCCCUCCACCUCACGGCCCAGGAGGACAGAGUGAAUGCAGCAGAAGUUCUGGCCAAACGUGAUGCUAACCUGGACCAGCAAACCAAGCUCGGCUACACUCCUCUCAUUGUUGCCUGUCACUAUGGAAACGUAAAGAUGGUCAACUUCCUCUUGCAGCAGGGCGCCAGUGUCAACGCCAAAACCAAGAACGGUUACACUCCUCUUCACCAGGCAGCACAGCAGGGACACACACACAUCAUCAACGUCCUGUUACAGCAUGGAGCUACACCCAACACUACUACUGCUAAUGGGAACACUGCUCUGUCCAUCGCCAGGCGUCUGGGUUAUAUAUCAGUCGUUGACACUCUGAAGGUCGUCACAGAAGAGGUCAUCACCACGACAACGACUGUGACAUCAGAGAAACACAAGAUGAAUGUUCCAGAGACCAUGACGGAGAUACUGGACGUGUCAGAUGAGGAGGGUGAGGACACUAUGACAGGUGAUGGAGGGGAGUACCUGAGAGCUGAGGACCUGAGGGAGCUGGGAGACGACUCUCUACCUGGACAAUACCUGGACGGAUUCAACUACAUGAGCCACAACCUGGACAGGUCUCAUCAGACUCCUGUCCACCAGAGAGAUGGAGUCCUGAUUGAAGACAUGAUCACCAGCCACCAGGUGUCGUCUCUGUCCAGAGAGAAUGAGAAGGACUCCUUCAGACUGAGCUGGGGAGCAGAGCACCUGGACAACGUAGUGCUGUCAUCUAGCCUGCUGCACUCUGGCCAAUCCUCCCCGUGCCUAGACCAUGACAACAGCAGCUUCCUGGUCAGUUUCAUGGUGGACGCCAGGGGUGGGGCCAUGCGUGGUUGCCGUCACAACGGGCUGCGCAUCAUCGUGCCGCCCAGGAAGUGUUCCGCUCCGACGCGGGUGACGUGUCGCCUGGUGAAGAGGCACCGCCUGGCGUCCAUGCCCCCCAUGGUGGAGGGAGAGGGGCUGGCAGGACGUAUCAUCGAGGUCGGCCCCACCGGGGCACAGUUCCUCGGUAAGCUCCACCUCCCCACGGCCCCGCCCCCUCUCAACGAGGGAGAGAGUCUUGUCAGCAGGAUACUACAGCUGGGGCCUCCUGGCACCAAAUUCCUGGGGCCGGUGAUUGUGGAGAUCCCUCACUUCGCGGCCCUGCGGGGCACGGAGCGGGAGCUGGUGAUUCUGAGGAGUGAGAUGGGGGAGAGCUGGAGGGAACAUCACUGUGAACACACUGAGGAGGAACUCAACCAAAUACUGAACGGCAUGGACGAGGAGCUGGACUCUCCUGAGGAGCUGGAGAAGAAGAGGAUCUGCCGUAUCGUCACCAGGGACUUCCCACAAUACUUUGCGGUGGUGUCACGCAUCAAGCAGGACAGCCAGCUGAUUGGUCCUGAGGGAGCGGUGUUGAGCAGUACUCUGGUACCUCAGGUCCAGGCUGUGUUCCCAGAGGGGGCUCUCACUAAGAAGAUCAGGGUUGGACUACAGGUCCAGCCAAUCAGCGUAGACCUGGUGAAGAGGAUUCUGGGUAACAAAGCUACUUUUAGCCCCAUCGUUACCUUGGAGCCCAGGAGGCGGAAGUUUCACAAGCCAAUCACCAUGACGAUCCCUGUCCCCAAAAGCUCGACCAAUGACGGGACAGGCAACGUGUUUGGAGGGGACACGCCCACUCUGCGUCUGCUCUGCAGCAUCACUGGUGGAACCACUCCUGCGCAAUGGGAGGACAUCACUGGCUCCACCCCCCUCACCUUCAUCAACCAAUGUGUGUCCUUCACCACCAACGUGUCAGCGAGGUUCUGGCUGAUAGACUGUCGCCAGACCCAGGAGGCUGUGAGUUUCUCCACCCAGCUGUACAGAGAGAUCAUCUGUGUCCCCUACAUGGCCAAGUUCGUCAUCUUCGCCAAGACGCUGGACCCCAUCGAGGCCCGCCUCCGUUGCUUCUGCAUGACGGACGACAAGAUGGACAAGACGCUGGAACAGCAAGAGAACUUCACAGAGGUGGCCCGGAGUAGAGACGUAGAGGUAUUGGAAGGGAAGCCUAUCUUUGCAGACUGUUUUGGGAACCUGGUUCCUCUGACUAAGAGUGGACAGCAUCACGUCUUCAGCUUCUACGCGUUCAAAGAAAACCGUCUCGCACUCUUCAUCAAGAUUCGUGACUGCGCCCAGGAGCCUUGUGGCAGACUGUCCUUCACCAAGGAGCCCCGCACCUACCGUAGUCUUACCCACAAGGCAAUCUGCAACCUGAACAUCACGCUGCCCACCUACUGCAAGGAGUCUGAUUCAGACCUAGACGCAGAUGACGAGAGUGACAAGAGUGACAAAAAAUACGACGAGACGGAGUCGACAGAUACUUACACGCUGCCGACCAAUCAGGUGCUAGACCCAGCCAUGCUGGCCAGCCCUGACCUCCUUUCAGAGGUCUCCGAUAUGAAACACGACCUCAUCAAGAUGUCUGCCAUCUUGACGACAGAGCAAACUGAACACCCAAGCCCUUCGGAUAGAGGAAGAGGAGGAGGAGGAAGAGGAGGAGGAAGGACAGGGAUGGAGGAGGAACCCGGGGAGCCGUUUGAGAUCAUGGAACAGGUGAAAGAGGAUUUGGAGAAGGUUGGAGAUAUUUUACGAGGGGGAGAUACUAGAUUCACAAACAACAAAGAGAAAGUACUGCAGAUGUCCAAAAUGGAGGACAAGGAGUUGGUUCUUCUCUCUCAGACGAAAGCCAAAGCCAUGACUCCCUCUGAUGUUCAGGAGUCGGUACUACAAGAAGUCAACAUUCAGAGGAAGACCUCUCCCACAAUUACCAAAGAGGUUAGAGAUAUGUCAGGUAUGGUGUCUCACCUCAGUGGAGGCGUGAACCAGCACCUAGAAGAGAGAUCUGGCGUAACCAGUUGCCCACUACAGGACAUCAUAGUCCAGGAGAGAUUAGAUCAGGUCGUUCUGAAGCGGGAAGGCAAACGCCAUCCUCCUGAGAUCAAAAAGCCGAUCAGGAAGAAGUUGAGGGACAGGGAACGUUCUGGAUGCAGCAGUUCCGAGGGGGAGCUGGAGAGGAUGAGCUCUGAGGAGUCCCUUGAUGGGGAUGUUGUUCUGGGAGAGGCGAGGCAGGAAGUGGUUCCCGGGUCUGAGCCUGGAGAGGUUCCCGGGUCUGAGCCUGUAGUGGUUCCCGGGUCUGAGCAUGGAGAGGUUCCCGGGUCUGAGCCUGUAGUGGUUCCCGGGUCUGAGCCUGGAGUGGUUCCCGGGUCUAUGCCUGGAGUGGUUCCCGGGUCUGAGCCUGUAGUGGUUCCCAGGUCUAUGCCUGGAGUGGUUCCCAGGUCUGAGCCUGUAGUGGUUCCCAGGUCUAUGCCUGGAGUGGUUCCCGGGUCUGAGCCUGUAGUCGUUCCCAGGUCUAUGCCUGGAGUGGUUCCUGGGUCUGAGCCUGUAGUGGUUCCCAGGUCUAUGCCUGGAGUGGUUCCCGGGUCUGAGCCUGUAGUCGUUCCCAGGUCUAUGCCUGGAGUGGUUCCUGGGUCUGAGCCUGUAGUGGUUCCCAGGUCUGAGCCUGUAGUGGUUCCCAGGUCUAUGCCUGUAGUGGUGUCUGGGUCUGGACCUGGAGUGGGGCCCGGGACUGAGUUUAAACCGACUGCAACCCUGGAUUGGGAUGUCGUACUUGGGGAGUCUGGGCUCGGGUCUGGGUCUGAAACUUGGUCUGGGCCUUCUGGACCAACCCCAGUCAUGGAGCCCCCAGUGUCGCCCCUGGUCGUGGAAACCCCUAUCGGAUCCAUAAAGGACAGAGUGAGAGCUCUGCAAAAGAAGGUUGAGGAAGAGGAAGAGGGGGAGGAUGGCCGUAAGCGAAAGCCUACACAGGCGCCAGUCCCUCAGAACACAACUUUCAUCACCAUCACUAAGGAGACGGGUGAGCCCCAGAUGCCAGAUCUUCCUAAGCUUCCCAGAUCUCCGAAAUCCCCCCGGUCUCAGACGGAGAGGCUGGAGGAGACGAUGUCUGUCCGGGAGCUGAUGAAGGCAUUCCAGACUGGCCAGGAUCCUUCCAAGAACAAAACGGGGCUCUUCGAGCACAAAGCCAUGACGUCAUCCACAACCUCCACAUCGAGCUCCGAGGCAGUGAUCGACAGUGAGACCUACAGAGCUGAAACCAGUCCCACAGAGCAUACGCCAGCAGAAACUCCAACUUCCACAAUCCUCUGCUCGCAUAGUGAUGUUCUGGCUCUCCAUUACAAAGGGGUGGAUGAUGAACCAAAUCUGAUCUUAGUAAGAGACCACUCUGAAGACUCUGAGAUAACUCAUGUCUUAGAAAGGGAACACUCUGAAGACUCUGAGAUAAUUCAUGUUACAGUUCAGUUGCAGGAGUCAGCGACUAACAUCAACAGAAUACAACCAGAGGACAGAGGGAUUCCUCUAGACAGGGCUCUACCAGAAGGUGGAGGGAUCCUCCUAGACAGGACUUUACUGGAGGAUGGAGAGAUUCUCCUAGACAGGGCUUUACUGGAGGAUGGAGAGAUUCUCCUAGACAGGGCUCAACCAGAGGACGGAGGGAUCCUCCUAGACAGGGCUCAACCAGAGGAUGGAGAGAUUCUCCUAGACAGGGCUCUACCAGAGGACGGAGGGAUCCUCCUAGACAGGGUUCUGCCAGAAGGUGGAGGGAUCCUCCUAGACAGGACUUUACUGGAGGAUGGAGAGAUUCUCCUAGACAGGGCUUUACUGGAGGAUGGAGAGAUUCUCCUAGACAGGGACGGAGGGAUCCUCCUAGACAGGGCUCUACCAGAGGACGGAGGUAUCAACCUAGACAGGGCUCAACCAGAGGACGGAGGGAUCCUCCUAGACAGAGCUAUACCAAAGGACAGACAAAUCCUUGUAGACAGGCCUCAACCAGAGGACGGACAAAUCCUCCUAGACAGGGCUCUACCGAAGGACAUACAAAUCCUCCUAGACACGACUCUACCAAAGGACAGAGGGAUCAUCCUAGACAGGGCUCUACCAGAGAACGGAGGGAUCCUCCUAGACAGGGCUCUACCAGAAGAUGGAGGGAUUCUUUUAGACAGGGCUCUACCAGAGGACGGAGGAAUCUCUACAGACAGGGCUCUAUCAGAGGAUGGAGGGAUUCUCCUAGACAGGGCUCUAUCAGAGGACGGAGGGGUCAUCCUAGUCAGGGCUCUUCCAGAGGAUGGAGGGAUCCUCCUAGACAGGGCUCUAUCAGAGGACGGAGGGAUCAUCCUAGUCAGGGCUCUUCCAGACGAUGGAGGGAUCCUCCUAGACAGGGCUCUACCAAAGGACAGACACAUCAACCUAGACAGGCCUCAACCAGAGGAUGAAGGGAUCCUCCUAGACAGGGCUCUUCCAGAGGAUGGAGGGAUCCUCCUAGACAGGGCUCUACCAGAGGAUGGAGGGAUCCUCCUAGACAGGGCUCUACCAGAGGACGGAGUGAUCCAACUUGACCGGGAUCUGUCAGAUACUGGAGGAAUCGUCCUAGACACGACUCUACCAGAGGACAGAGGGAUCCUCCUAGACAGAGGUCUACCAAAAUAUGGAGGGAUCCCUCUAGACAGGAAUCUACCAAAGGACAGUUGUAUCCUCCUAGACAGGGCUCUACCAGAGGAUGGAGGGAUCUUCCUAGACAGGGCUCAACCAGAGGACGGAGGGAUCAUCCUAGACAGGGCUCUACCAGAGGACGGAGGGAUACUCCUAGACCGGGAUCUUUCAGAAAAUGGAGGAAUCUUCCUAGUCAGGGCUCUUCCAGAGGACGGAGGGAUCCUCCUAGACAGGGCUCUACCAAAGGACAGACACAUCAACCUAGACAGGCCUCAACCAGAGGAUGAAGGGAUCCUCCUAGACACGACUCUACCAGAGGACAGAGGGAUCCUCCUAGACAGGGGUCUACCAAAAUAUGGAGGGAUCCCUCUAGACAGGAAUCUACCAAAGGACAGUUGUAUCCUCCUAGACAGGGCUCUACCAGAGGAUGGAGGGAUCCUCCUAGACAGGGCUCUACCAAAGGACAGACACAUCAACCUAGACAGGCCUCAACCAGAGGAUGAAGGGAUCCUCCUAGACAGGGCUCUACCAGAGGAUGAAGGGAUCCUCCUAGACAGGGCUCUACCAGAGGACGGAGGGAUCCUCCUAGACAGGGCUCUACCAAAGGACAGACACAUCAACCUAGACAGGCCUCAACCAGAGGAUGAAGGGAUCCUCCUAGACAGGCCUCAACCAGAGGAUGAAGGGAUCCUCCUAGACAGGGCUCUACCAGAGGAUGGAGGAAUCGUCCUAGACACGACUCUACCAGAGGACAGAGGGAUCCUCCUAGACACUACUCUACCAGAGGACAGAGGGAUCCUCCUAGACACGACUCUACCAGAGGACAGAGGGAUCCUCCUAGACAGGGGUCUACCAAAAGAUGGAGGGAUCCCUCUAGACAUGGAUCUACCGGAGGACAGAGAGAUCCCUCUGGACAGCAAUCUACCAAAGGACAGUUGUAUCCUCCUAGACAGGGCUCUACCAGAGGACAGAGGGAUCCUCCUAGACACGACUCUACCAGAGGACAGAGGGAUCCUCCUAGACAGGGGUCUACCAAAAGAUGGAGGGAUCCCUCUAGACAUGGAUCUACCGGAGGACAGAGGGAUCCCUCUGGACAGGAAUCUACCAAAGGACAGUUGUAUCCUCCUAGACAGGGCUCUACCAGAGGAUGGAAGGAUCUUCCUAGACAGGGCUCAACCAGAGGACGGAGGGAUCCUCCUAGACAGGGCUCUACCAGAGAAUGGAGGGAUCAUCCUCGACAGGGCUCUACCAGAGGAUGGAGGGAUCCUCCUAGACAGGGCUCUACCAGAGGACGGAGGGAUCCUCCUAGACAGGGAUCUACCAGAGAAUGGAGGAAUCAUCCUAGACAGGGCUCUACCAGAGGAUGGAGGGAUCUUCCUAGGCAAGGCUCUACCAGAGGAUGGAUGGAGCAGCCCAGAGGAGAUGCAGCUGGAGGAGCCAGAGAUGGGACCAGACAGGAAGUCUUCUAUGGAGAUGAUGCGGCUGGAGGAACCAGAGAUGGGACCAGACAGGAAGUCUUCUACGGUGAUGAUGCAGCUGGAGGAACCAGAGAUUGGACCAGACAGGAAGUCUUCUACAAAAAUGAUGCAGCUGGAGGAACCAGAGAUGGGACCAGACAGGAAGUCUUCUAUAGAGAUGAUGCAGCUGGAGGAACCAGAGAUGGGACCAGACAGGAAGUCUUCUACAGAGAUGAUGCAGCUGGAGGAACCAGAGAUGGGACCAGACAGGAAGUCUUCUAUAGAGGUGAUGCAGCUGGAGGAACCAGAGAUGGGACCAGACAGGAAGUCUUCUAUAGAGAUGAUGCAGCUGGAGGAACCAGAGAUGGGACCAGAGAGGAAGUCUUCUACAGAGAUGAUGCAGCUGGAGGAACCAGAGAUGGGACCAGACAGGAAGUCUUCUAUAGAGAUGAUGCAGCUGGAGGAACCAGAGAUGGGACCAGACAGGAAGUCUUCUACGGUGAUGAUGCAGCUGGAGGAACCAGAGAUUGGACCAGACAGGAAGUCUUCUACAAAAAUGAUGCAGCUGGAGGAACCAGAGAUGGGACCAGACAGGAAGUCUUCUAUAGAGAUGAUGCAGUUGGAGGAACCAGAGAUGGGACCAGACAGGAAGUCUUCUACAGAGAUGAUGCAGCUGGAGGAACCAGAGAUGGGACCAGACAGGAAGUCUUCUACAGAGAUGAUGCAGCUGGAGGAACCAGAGAUGGGACCAGACAGGAAGUCUUCUAUAGAGACGAUGCAGCUGGAGGAACCAGAGAUGGGACCAGACAGGAUGUCUUCUAUAGAGAUGAUGCAGCUGGAGGAACCAGAGAUGGGACCAGACAGGAAGUCUUCUACGGAGAUGAUGCAGCUGGAGGAACCAGAGAUGGGAACAGACAGGAAGUCUUCUGUAGAGAUGAUGCAGCUGGAGGAACCAGAGAUGGGACCAGACAGGAAGUCUUCUAUGGAGAUGCAGAUCAGCCCAGACAGGAAACCCUCUGAGGACUUUAGCGCUGACAUCAAGGCCGAGCUGGAAGACAGUACAGAGUACCAGCUGUUCAGACAGACCUCGUUUAUAGGGGAUGACAACCACCCACAGGCUGAAGCAGCCGAGGAGGAGCUCCCAACAGACCACACAAACGACACCCCAACCUUCAUUUUCAGCCCCUGUAUGCACGAAGACAGGCGGGAUGAGUUAUUCACUAAGGCUGAGAACCUGGUGGGGAAUGAAAGCCCUGUGAGUCUGAAGCAUGAAGGUGCAGCGGACUCUCCCAGGACAAGCCUAGGAACCAGGACUCCCCAUUCAAGCACGGGGGAGAGUGAGAAACACGAAGGAUUAGCAGACACCCCACAGAUGAGCCCACUCACAUUCCCCACUCAGGAGGUUGACCUGCCCACAGUUUAUAAAGAGACAGAGAGAAUGGAUGGGAUCAAAGUACUAGGAGAUGUGAUUCAUGGUGAUGAAGAAAUCUUUCCAGAAACUGAAGAUUUAGUCGUAGAAACCAAAUCAGCUACUCCGUCCCCUGUUCGGGAACCGCUGUUACAAGAAGUCAUGAUCCAACGGAAGACCUCCCCCAGACCGGUUAAAGUGGUGAGAGAUAUGUCAGGGAUGGAGUCCCUCCUCAGGGGAGAUAUGGAUCACGACCUAGAACAGAGACCAUCACCUGUCCGUGGCGCUGAAGUGAUGACAGUUCAGGAACCACUGUUACAAGAAGUCAGGAUGGAAAGGAAACCCCCUCCCAGACUGGUUACAGUGGUGAGCGAUAUGUCAGGGAUGGAGUUCCUCCUCAGGGGAGAUAUGGAUCACUACCUAGAACAGAGAUGUAUGGUAAAUAGUGGUUCACCAAAGGAUGACAUCGACCAACAACAGAGUUUGAAACAGACCAUCCUUGCCAGGGAUGACAAGCAACAAUCACUUAUUUUCUCCACAAAGGAGGUAGACAUGUCUACAGAAGAUACUGAGACAGAAAAAGAAGACUGGUGGAAAGUGCAAGGCAUGGAUGAUGGUGGCGCUCGGGGUGCCGAACCGAUAAUCUUGAACCCAGUUCAGGAACCGAUGUUACAAGAAUUCAUGAUCGAAAGGAAGACAUCGCCCAGACCAGCUGUAGGAGUUAAAGAUACAUCGGGCAUGGAGGCACUCCUCAGUGGAGAUUUAGAACAGUACCUAGAAGACAGACCUGUAGAUCUCAGUGGUGUACCGGAGGACGACAUCGUACAAGAGAGAUUUGAACAGGUUGUGAUUACACGGGAGAGCAAAGGGGAAACCCACACGUUCUCCACUGAGCAGGUAGACCGGUCCGCAGCAGAUAAAGUGACAGAGCGAGAUGUUGUUAAUGUAGUGCAAGUAGGAGCUGCGGAGGACGGUGUCAUGUACGGUGAUAACGACUUUGUGCAGAGUUGUUUAGCUGGGGGGGAAGCAUCAGAAAGUUCAGCUACUACAGUGAUACGUUCAAGAGACUCAAAGAAGGUGACCUUUGACCUUCAAAGGACGUUUGUUUCAGUUCUCCCCGCUCAAGCCUCUGAAGAGGACGACCAGGUCACUGUUGAGACAAGACCCAUCAUAGAGGACUGGGAUGAUUUAGAGAUAAAACCAUCAUACCACAAAACUACAGAACUUUCAUACUCAAACCCGUACCUACAAGACUCAAUUUCAGCAGACAGAAUUGCUCCUGAAUCUAGUUGGGUUGUACCAGAGCGCCAUGAAAGGGAUGCAGCUGAUCAUGGAGCUGUGCACAGUCCAGACGGUGUGGGUCAGGCCCUCAGACCCGCAGACUUAGAGGUCCUCUUUCCUUUGGCCCUGGGCCACCCAGAGAGACGACUCUCCCAUGGGGAUUCUCUGGAGACCAGUCCUGUCAUGGAUGAAGGUUCCUCCAGGAAGUCCCCUGACUCUAUAGAGCCAAGCUCAACCGGGGACUCCCCCUGCCUUGACUCACUGGAGAGCAGCCCUACUGAACUGAAACAAGACACAGGCUUUCAGGCGACAAAGAAGACAGCUGUGUAUGAAGACUACUACUCUCAGCUUAGAGCCUGUCUCGGUGAGGAGCACGUCAGCAACAUUGAGAAUGAGGAUUACUCCAAACGGACUUAUCAAAUGGAUGGUGAGCGCGAGGGUCCCCUCCCAUUAAAGGUGGAAGACCCUGAGUGGCUCUCCAUGCCCAUAAAUCUGAGCUCAAACCCUGAGGAUGAUAUGGACGACGUGGAUGCAGAGGGCAGCGAGACCGGCCAGAGACAGUUCACCCCAGAGGAGGAGAUGUUCAAAAUGGCCGCCAAGAUCAAAACCUUUGAGGAGAUGGAGCAGGACGUUAAAACGAAGACAGACGGGAAACCCUCAGACGGCUCUGUGUUAUCAGACUCUGAGGAUUAUGAAGAAUGUCAGUCGAUCGUUGACCUGAUGGACAGGGAGGCAAAAUCAUCUAAGCCCAAAACCGACGCCGGUACUCUUCAGUCUGAAAUUGAAACUGUGGCUGAAAUCCAACCCUCAGUCCCUGGUGCAGUAACUGCGUUGGAUAGUUCAGUUCACUAUGAAGCUCACCUACCAUACAGUGCCUCAGGACAUCCACCAUCAGGAAAACUGGUCUCUGAGCACCUUGAAUAUCGUUCACUAAGCACUGAAAGAGAACAAUAUACCACAGAGAACAUCAGUGAAAAUAUCAGUGAACGUACUGAGCAGAAAGAGAAGAUAGAUGUAAUAUCAGCUAUGCAAGCACACGAGGUGGAGAUGGAUCAGUCACAGUUGAGUGUCAGUCAGUCUGGUGAAAGUCAGUCAGUCAAACCAGAGGUGUCGUGCACCGACGAUGAAAGCUUCAAGGAGGUGAAGGAUGCGAAUGGUAAGGCCGUGUUGGAAAUGCAUCCCCAAGACAUGCCUGUUCAAGGAGAGCUGGUCCCAUGGAGUGCCAUGUCAGACGACAACGAGGAUGACAAUGACGACGAAGCCUUCGCAGCACGUGUGGAGGCGGAGGAACGAAGGAUGAUGGCUCUCGUGGAAGACCGCCGUACCCCUGACAUCACACCGGGUCGCACACCAACCGAGGGGGGCACCCCCAACCCCUUCCAGUUCCAGGAAGGGAAGUUCUUUGAAAUGACCAGAGGGGGCGCUAUCGACAUGACAAGGAGGAGCGUUGAAGAGGAGGGCGAGGGCUAUGCCUUCUUUCACAUAGGAGAACACCCAGUUGACCAGGUUCUGUUCGAGGACACUGGAGAUUGCGCUAGCCCCGAUCUUCUCAGAACAGAACAGACUAUUGCCAUUGGUGAUCUACACCUCCAGAAGGGGGACCAAACCAAAGAUGAUUCUGACUCCUCCUUCCAGACUAUACCAUUACCCGAGGCUGAUCAGAGGGGGAAACCAGUGGCCAAACCCAGUACCUCCAUCAAAAUGGAGCCAAAAGCCGAAACAUUCCCCCUUCUAGAAGCGAAGAUGGGAAGCUUCUUAGAGGUAGAUUCUCCAGACCCGACUAUAGCUGAACUCCAGAUGUUUACCACCACUACUCUUGUCACCCGCUCUGUGUACUCUGAACAGGUCCGCCAGUCAUCCGACUCAUCUCUUGAGGAUGAAGGAGAAGAGGAAGAGGAGCAGGGUUCUGUCAUUGAGAUGCCCGCUGGCUAUUAUGACUCAGUGGCACCCCCUGGUGUCCUGCAAGGGUAUGACACCUCGGCAGGGUAUGACACCUCAGUGGCACCCCCUAGUGUCCUGCAAGGGUAUGACACAUCGUCAGGGUCUAACACCUCAGUGGCACCCACUAGUGUCCUGGCAGGGUCUGACACCUCUAGUGUCCUGGAAGGGUCUGACAUCUCAAUGGCACCCCCUAGUGUCCUGGCAGGGUCUGACACCUCUAGUGUCCUGGAAGGGUCUGACAUCUCAAUGGCACCCCCUAGUGUCCUGGCAGGGUCUGACACCUCUAGUGUCCUGGAAGGGUCUGACAUCUCAGUUGCACCCUCUAGUGUCCUGGCAAUGUCCUACACUACAGCAGACACUGUGGCUAAGGAUGAAAGCAGUUUCAAAUCAAAGAUACCCAUUAAAGCCGGUUCAAUGAAAUCAGACCUCGGCCUUGAGCAGAAAUCAACAGUGGAGGAAUCUCUUGUUCAGGACCGGAGGACGAGGUCCGAGGAGGAUUUUGGAGCCCGGAAGAAAAUCUUAACUGACAAAGACAGUAGGAGUCACUCCGACAGCGACCAUCCUGCAACUAAAUCCAAACCUCUCACCUCCAGACUCCCUGUCAUGGGCAAACACAAACCCACAGCCCACUCCUCCUCCUCCUCCUCUUCCCAGCCCGACAGAGACCAGGGCUCUGACGUACGAGAGCUUUCCCUCCGAUCCUCUCUGGAUGUCGACGACAUCAGCAGCAGCGGUGAUCACAACAGUCCAGAUUCUGUUAUCUUCAAGUAUGACAGACCAACGCCUCGCAGAUCUGCCCUGGACACGAGGGCGUUGUCGACUCAGACACGGGUUCGAGCUUCCUCGGUGACGGGGGAGGUGUUUGAGUCGAGACCCAUCUGGGAAGACUCAGUAGAAACUCAGAUGCAGCGAAUCUGGGAUGAUCGGACAACGGAGCGGAAGCAAGGUACCAUAAAUCUGCCACUUCCUUUUCUCUCUUUCUCUGCUCCUUGGAAGACCUUUCUUUGUCUUAGUCAAGACCAAGCAUCUGUCACUUUUCUGUUGUUGGACGACGAUGCAGACAGGAAAGAGGAGACGUUGGCUAUCGUUGCAGACCUGCUGGGGUUCAGCUGGACAGAGCUGGCGAGGGAGCUGGAGUUCAACGAGGAUGAGAUCCAGGAAGUGAGGACGGAGAACCCUAACUCUCUACAGGAGCAGAGCCACGCCCUGCUGCAGCGCUGGGCUGAGAGAGAGGGAAAACACGCCACUGUGUCUGUAGCCCUGUCCUCAGUGCAGGAGGACGUAGACAGCCUCAGACUGGUGAGGAGGGUGGACUCUUCUCCCAGACCACCCCCAGCCGUCUCAGAGGAAGACUUAUCAGUGGCCUCCCUCCUGGACAUUCCUUCCUGGGCGGAGCCUAUGGGCCACACACACUCAGAGAGCAUGCAUGGGCUAUUGGAGGACCUGGAGAUCACAACGGAGCUGAGCCCCAACCCGUGGACUUUGGAGGACACGGUAACAAGGGAGUCUGCCACCGCCAGCGAGCAAGUAAGUCCCCCUCUGAACGUGAUUGGAGCAGAAACUUGGAGACUAGCGUCUCAGGUGUAUGGCCCCCAGUACCAAACCAGAGACCAGCCUCAGGGCCAGCGCAGCAGAAGUAGCAGUGGUCUACUCCACCCUCAAGUGGGCGCAACUGGGCCUCUGCCAGCUGGUGUUGACCAAAUGUCCCCACCGGGGCGAGGCGAGGUUGAGGGUGAGCGCUGGCUGUCGCCGGAACAGCUCAGGAUAUCGUCUCCCAUAGUGAUCAGUGACUUUGGUCUGAGUCUGUCAGAGUCUGAGCAGGCAGAGACAGACUUCAGAGAACUCUGUGUUGGGUUUAGGGAGAUGCCACUGGACAGAACCCUGAACCCUGAAACCAAAGCCAGGUUCUCCAGAGAGGCCAGCACAGAAAUCUAUGACCACAGUCAUUUAGCUGAGUCUGACUGUAGCAACGCGUGUUCGCCUGAGAACCGUAGUCAGGCUUGUUCGCCUCAGGACUGUAGCCGUGGUCUGGCAAGUCUGGCCAUGGCUGAGGAGGCUGACAAGAGAACAGUGGCUGAGGAGGCUGACCAGAGAACAGAAAAGCACAUAGAAGAGAUAACGGCUCGUUUCUACCGGGCCAUGUACGGCUCAGAAGAAGUCCUGCAGGUCACUGAGAUGGUCCCCGAUCCCCACAGGUCCGAAGACCGGUCAGAGAAACGGCUGGAGCUGGUAGCUCUCAGAAAGAACCAAUCACAGGUGGAGACACAGCUUUCGUUUAUUGACGAGCCAGGAGAGGAUUGUGCCAUGUCUCACUACAGCAUGGUAGAGCAAACCAACGUCCAAAAGGGCAUUGUUCGGCCGAAGCAAAGUCCGGCAACCAGCGAGUUCACUCCGAUGACACGUGACUCACCUGACAGGCACCCUAGCUUUAUCACUGUUCGACCAGAACCUGAUCACGUCAUAGUGAGGGCAAAAACAUCCGGCAUGUUCAUGCCAGUUACCCCCCAGUCCCCUGGCCAAGACACAACACAGUAUUCACAUCUCACUAACUACAGACCUCUGACUCCUGAUUCAGAAAUGGAGUCCCUGUCACCUGACUCUCUACGGGGUCUCUCACCCAUGGAAGAAGGGCUCAUAACCGUAGCUAGACUAUCAUCCCCCGAGUCCGUAAUGUCCGUUGGCGCCUACAGGGCAAUUUCGCCUGACUCCCCUCUCCGCGAGCGUAGGGUAAUGUCUCCAGAUUCUGCCAGGGCAUUCCGUGAAAGCAGGCCUCUUUCUCCCGGGUCGGAUGGGUGUAGAUUUUCAUCCGAGGUUAAAGCCUACAUUAUAGAGAGUAGAGAACCGUCAUACUCUCCAUCAGACAUAUACAAGGGUAAAAAUGAUUCCUGUGAUUCAGAGAUAGCAGAUAGUGCUCUUGGUACCCUCUCUCCUUACCAUUCAGACAGUGUUCUGAGUUCCCUAUCCCCUGUGUCCUCUGAGGUGUUUUCUGAUGACAUAUGGUCCCCAUCGCCAGAGUUGUAUGAAUUGGUGACUGAGAGUAGGACCCUGUCCCCGAACUCCCCAGUACCAGAGUAUGACACACCUGUACCUGAGACACCUGUACCUGACACACCUGUACCUGACACCUGUACCUGACACACCUGCACCUGAGACACCUGUACCUGAGGCACCUGUACCUGACACACCUGCACCUGAGACACCUUUACCGGAGACUGAUAGUAUCAUGAUCCUAGGAGACUACAUGUCGUGGUCACCUGGUCACCUGUCGCGGUCAGC